AGAAACUCCACCUGAGUACAUAUGAGUGCACCCUCACCCCCUGCUACCCCUUAUUCGUGGAAUCCAACAAUGCACCAUGUCAUUAGUUAGCUGUAGGGGGAAGGAAGCCACAUUGGGAGGCAUGUCGAUCCCACAUGUUGGCCUUAACUAGGCUAGGGCUGCCAGGAGAGAGUGCGUGAUAGAGAGCGACCUGGAGUUUUACUGGAGUUUUCUAUUCACUAUAAACAUUUUCUCCAUGUGCCUUUUUAAUACAGUAGGUGUGUAAGUUAUACUUUUAACCAUUUUGCAACCAUCUCCAACUUUACCAUCUGCUUCUGGCAUACUCAAUGAAGUCUUGGAUUUUCCUUUCCUCAGAAGAUGCCAACGCUGCCGCAGUUUCUUGAAUCGAAUUCCUUCUUUACUGAAAGGUUUUGUUUUCAGUCUCUUUCACUUUUACUGUUGAUAUCCUCCUGAAAAGCUGAAAACGGUUGUGGGGACUUGUAUGGGCCUUGGUUGCAGCCCCCACAGCUAGCACCUCUGGGGACGGAGGAAGCUCUCCCACACUGCGGAGAGAGGUCAACGCUUGCUCUGCCCUCCUCACUCGUUCCUCAUUCCCUUCUCUUUCUCACAUUGCUGAAGGUUACUGGAUCAUGGAGGAUUUCCACUUUCUGUAGAGACAGAUGGAAAGACAGAGAGGGAAUGUGAGAGACUUUGUUUUAAGUGCUGACAUUUUUAUCUUUCAAGGACUUUCUACAGCAGUUCUAUUUAAGAAUCCGUCUCUGGAGUUUGGACAACAGAAGAGACAACCUCAAAAUGAAAUGCUAAUACAGCUAUUCAAGAUGGCUAUCUGGGGCACUGACUGAAGACCGCUGGUCUUGUUGAGACUUGCGUAGCCUACAGCACUUGGGACUCCUUUAUUUUCUGCUUCUCCCCAGCCUCUCCCCUUCUCAUGACCUACAGUUACCCCAGUAUCCUGGUGCGUCAGAAGGGCUUGCAUCCUUUCUUCCCCUCCACCUGGCUCUCCCUGCCCAAAGGGCAGCACACCUGUGAUCGGGGGGCUGGUCCGGGGACACCCACCUACCCACCCACCACUCCCUGGGUCUUCCCAGGCAGUAGCAGCAUGUGGUGGCUACAGCCCUGGCAGGAGAGCCCUUCGGAGAGAAUGAGCUCCAUCUGAGCUCCACCUCGUCUCACAGCUGUUGUGGGUGUGUGGAGCCUCUCUUUUUGUUGUCAGCCCAGCAAGUCAUACUGUAGCAGCCAGAAGCUUUGACCCACAAUGAACAAAGAUCACCGAUUUCCAAGGAAAGGGAGCCUGUUUGGCUGUGGCCCAAGCAGCCACGGUCGGAGACACUCAUGCUUAGGCUUUGAUGUGGAGAAUGGGAUGUCGGUGGGGCGCAGUCCCCUGGACCCCCAGGUCAGCCCCAUCUCUGGCCUGGUCCUACAGGCCAACUACCCCCACAGCCAACGCCGCGAGUCCUUCCUCUAUCGCUCCGACUCAGAUUUCGACCUCUCGCCCAAAGCCAUGUCCCGCAACUCCUCCACGGCCAGUGAGCUACAUGGAGAAGACAUGAUUGUGACACCAUUUGCACAGGUGCUUGCCAGUCUCCGAACAGUCAGAAGCAAUUUUGCCUACAUAACUCAUCUGCAAGAUCGGCCCAACAGGCGGUCAUCAGGCAGCAACCCUCACUCCAUAACUACCCACACCAAGUCAAGCAUAACAGACGAGCCCUACCAGAAGCUGGCCAUGGAGACGCUGGAGGAGCUGGACUGGUGUCUGGACCAGCUGGAGACCCUGCAGACCCGUCACUCAGUCAGUGAGAUGGCUUCCAACAAGUUCAAAAGGAUGUUGAACAGAGAGCUCACCCAGUUGUCAGAAACCAGCCGGUCAGGAAACCAAGUCUCAGAGUUUAUCGCCAACACUUUCUUAGAAAAGCAGCAUGAUGUGGAGAUUAUGUCUGGGCCUCCUAAGGAGAAAGACAAGAAGAAGAAGAGGCCCAUGUCCCAGAUCGUUGCAGUGAAGAAGCCUGCCCUCAGCCCCAACCUCACCCCCACCCAGAUCCCCCGUUUCGGGGUCACCACCCUCCAGGAGGGCUUAUUGGCCACGGAAUUUGAGGAGAUCAACAGAUGGGGUCUAGAUAUUUUCAAGAUCGCUGAAUACUCGGGGAAUCGGCCUUUGACAGUGGUCAUGUACUCCAUUUUCCAGGAGCGAGAGCUGCUGAAAAACUUUAAGAUCCCAGCCGACACCUUCAUCACCUUCAUGAUGACCCUGGAGGACCACUACCACGCCGACGUGGCCUACCACAACAACAUCCACGCUGCCGACGUGGUACAGUCCACCCACGUUCUCCUCUCCACCCCUGCCCUGGAGGCUGUCUUCACUGACCUGGAGAUCAUGGCUGCUCUGUUUAGCAGUGCUAUACACGAUGUAGAUCACCCCGGAGUGUCCAACCAGUUCCUCAUCAACACAAAUUCUGAGCUGGCUCUGAUGUACAACGACGCUUCUGUCCUGGAGAACCACCACCUGGCUGUGGGCUUCAAGCUGCUACAGGAGGACAACUGUGACAUCUUCCAGAGCCUCAGCAAGAAACAGGGGCAGUCCCUCAGGAAGAUGGUCAUCGACAUGGUGUUGGCCACUGACAUGUCCAAGCAUAUGAACUUCCUGGCUGACCUGAAGACCAUGGUGGAGACCAAGAAGGUGACCAGUCUUGGAGUGCUGCUGCUGGACAACUACUCAGACCGCAUCCAGGUCCUUCAGAACAUGGUUCACUGUGCUGACCUCAGUAACCCCACCAAGCCCCUGGAGGUCUACCGUAAGUGGACCGACCGCAUCAUGGUGGAGUUCUUCACCCAGGGGGACAGGGAGAGGGACAAGGGAAUUGAGAUCAGCCCUAUGUGUGACAAACAUAAUGCCUCCAUCGAGAAGACCCAGGUGGGAUUCAUAGACUACAUCGUCCACCCUCUGUGGGAGACGUGGGCUGACCUGGUCCACCCUGACGCCCAGGACAUCCUAGAUACCCUGGAGGACAACCGGGAGUGGUACCAAAGUAUGAUCCAGCGCAGCCCCUCACCCACACUUGAGGACAGGGAUCUUGACGGGGGGCCAGGAGCCCUGGAAGCCACACCGGGGGGAUGCUGCGCCUCCGCUGGGGACAAGUUCCAGUUUGAACUCACCCUGGAGGAGGAGGAGGAGGGUGACUCAGACCUGGAGAGCCCCCCCGAGGAGGAGACGUCACAGGGGGGAGAGACCUCUAGGAAGACCCCGGCCCUGUCUCUAUCCCCAGAGCCCAGCAGCAGAUACCGGCCCCCCUCCCCCCACCCUGGCCGGGCCCUCAGUCUGGCCACCAUGUCGGUUAGGAGCCCCGACCUUCUCAGAACGUUGGGCCCCGGGGUGGGCGCGGACGACAUAGGCGAUAGGGACAGAGAACUGGGCCAGGAAGGCAGUAGUGUAGCUUACCUACGGCUUGGCACGUAACACAAACCUUGGCCCUCCCUUCAACUUAUUCCAUCCCUGCCUUGGUUUGUGGGUCCCAGCAGCAAUUGGACAUGCAGGGUGGGAUUUCUAUCAAGUCUGUAAUGACAACAGUUCCUUUACACUGGAGACACCUUAACACUUUUAAUAUUGUAGAACAAGAAGUAUCGUUUUAUUCUCUAUUUUCUUCUGUGUGCGAGAUAGGACUUUUUAGUCCUGCAUUCUGUAGUUGAUUCUGGGCGGAAAGUGUCUUAGACUCGAAGGUAGAGAACUGACCACAAGCUAACCAGUCUCACCUGAUCGAAGCAAGGAAUUAUACUGAGAAAACGAUGUCUUCCUCAAAAUAAUGGAAUAUAGAUAUUCAAUGGAAUAUUGCAAGGAUUGUAAUAAUUUUACAGGGUCUUGGAACUUUUGCACCACACAUUUUGAAUUCAGUCAGCAUAAAGUAGUAUAUUUUAUUUAGUUUGUCUCUGAGAAUUAUGUGAAUGUUUUACCAAAUCCAGUAUGUACCUGAAUAGUGAGAGAAUUGUAACUUAAACCUCAGGGUAUGACGAGAUAUAAAUGAUUUUAAUGUAGCAUGGACGUCUUGGGUACCCCUUAACGGAGACUGCCUGUUUAGAGUUGUGUUACUGAUGACAAACAGCUCUUAGAACCUUACCGCUUCAAGUUAUGCAAAAAUACAUAUUUGUCUGGCGACCUCUAUUGAUCUCAAUUGAAAAGUUAAUUAAUGAAUUUGAGAACUAAAGCAAUUUAAAUAUAAAAUAUGAAACGAACAGUACCAGUAAAUUGUAUUUCAAAAUCCCGAAGUACUAUGGUUGAUUGGGGUACCCAAUACAAGUUGUUUUAAAUCUAGACUAACACCGCUUACACUCAUGUUUGUAAAGUUGUAUGUUUCCAUCUGAUUAUGUUUUACGUUGUCACAUUUUCUAUUUGAUUUGAAAUGGUUCCGUUUUGUUAUAUAUAUAUUGGGUGUCCUCACCAUGGGUGUAUUCAUUUCACCGAUUCUGUUGCAAACCGGAAAACUGGUUUCUACUGGAAAAAUUCAGGUAGGUCUGUCCCCGUUUCGUUUCAUUUGCUCGGUUUGCUUUGGUAAAUGAUUUCCGUUGCAAGACGUAACGAACACACCCCAGAUCUGUUUGUCUCUGAGCUUUGUAAGCAUCAUUAUCAGGGUGUCUCCAUCAUACAGUAGCACUUUACACUUUUUGUUGUAGAGGAAGCCCAUUCAGUUCUAAAGAACUUGAGCCAAACCAUGAUUUUAGUGGUCAGCCAUGGAAGGCUGUAGUUCCUGUCCAGAAACAACCCCUAGGCCUAACGCCUAGCAAUAGGGAGAAAAUUCAACCUAGCAGAGAGUGAGAUGGAGACAUUGUCAUGUAGCUUAAAGGGGCAUGCAGUCAAAAACGUGAUAUCCUGUGUUUUAUAUAUACAUUUCAACACUGAGGUUGGAAUAAUACUGUGAAAUUGUGACAAUUAUGAUAAUGCACUUUAACAGCUAGUUCAGGUUACACAUCCCUCCCAUUAGGUUCCUCGGACCACUCUGACAGUCCUAGCUAAAUUCUUGCUGGAGAAAUGGUAUUUUGGCAAGCCAUUUGUUUCUUUUUGAGAAUUUUAAUUGAAAAUUAUCUUAAUUGUUACCCAGAAAUAAUUUGAUAUUGAGAUAAAAACGGCUGCAUUGAACCUUUUAAACCUAUAAAAUCCUGUCAGAUCUCCAGAAGUGUGGAAGGGUUAGUGGUUGUUUCUGAACAGGGCCACAUUGUGGACUAAUUAGGGCUUAUUCAGUAGUGUGUGAUGCUUUGAAAGUUUCAGAUAGAAAUGUAAUGAACAGCGUUGAUAUUAUUCCCUGUAGUACACAACAGAAAACCAUGUCUGGUUUUCACAAUACUGUACAUUCUGUAUUGACAUUGGAUACUUUUUUAUUCGCCUGAAUAAGCCCCUAAUGUCUUGAUUGAUUUGUUCUUGAAGAAACUAGUUUAUAGGGAAAAUCUUUGGAAUUUGCGCAAAAUUUGCCAACCUAAGUCGUUAUGAAAUGUUGAACAAAGUUCUCUCUGAACUGUUGAUUGUAAUCAUGUCAAAGUUUGACUUUAAAAUGUGUUGAGUUUCAGCAAUUAUCAGUUAGAAUUAUGCUAUAAUUUUAAUGGAAAUUGUAAUAACUUGACUUUAUAUGUUGGAUGUAAUGCUUCAAUGUAGAGCUCUAUUCAAUCCGUAUUGCAGAAGUUCAGCGUUAUUGGCAUUUGAAGGCAAUGUUCCUGAAUAACGGAGACUGCACAGUAAACGCUGCAUAUGUCAGCUCGAUCAGAAGUUACCAUCAUAUCGCAUAAUCUGUAACGCUUCAGCCCUUAUGCUCUGCUCUUCACAAGGCUAUAGCUUUUACCUACAGUAUGUGAAUGUCAAUUGACCACAAACAUAAAUUUUCAAAGUUAAUUUAUAUUAAUUGCGUUCGCUGAUUGCACCCUAAUUUUUAAGUUAAACCAAUACUGUACAACUUAACUAGCCCCUGCCAAAUAUAAGUACACUGAACAGUUUUUUCCCCCCAUACGCUCAAAAGGCUUCUCAAAUGUCUUAUUUCUCCUUUGCCAAGAUAAUCCUGACAGGUGAGGCAUAUCAAGAGGCUGAUUAAAUGGCAGGAUCAUUUAUUGUGCUGGGCACAAUAAAGGCCACUCUAAAAUGUGCAGUUUUCUCACAACACAAUGUCACACAAGUUUAGAGUGAGCUGACUGCAGUAACGUCCAACAGAGCUACGCGGACAGCUGAUGCCACUAGCACACUGGAGAAGUGUGCUCUUCACAGAUAAAUCCCAGUUUCAACUUUAUCGGGCAGAUGGUGUUGUGUGGGUGAGCGAUUUGCAGAUGUCAACGUUGUGAACAAAGUGGAGUUAUGGUAUUUGCAGGCAUAUGCUACAGACAACGAACAACAAUUGCAUUUUAUCGAUGGCAAUUUGAAUGCACAGAAAUACCAUGAUGAGAUCGUGAGGGCCAUUGUCGUGCCAUUAAUCCGCCGCCAUCACCUCAUGUUUCAGCAUGAUAAUGCAAGGAUCUGUACAUAAUUCCUAGAAGCUAAAAAUGUCCCGGUUCUUCCAUGGCCUGCACAGUCACCAGAAAUAUCACACAUUGAGCAUAUUUGGGAUGCUCCGCACAGCUGUAACUCAGUAAACUCUGAAAUUGUUGCGUUUUACAUUUUUGUUCAGUGUAUAUAAAAAAGAUCACUCAAUUAUCCUUAAUGGAGGACAGUGAAAUCUGAAAAUAAAAUUCAACAGCUCCAGCAUAGUCAACUUGCCUGGGAACUAACACUAAAGUAUUUCCCACUUACUCUUUUCCUGGUAAGGCAGGGGAAAAGUACACAAGUAUUCAUAAAUAACUUGACCAUAUUCUAUUCACUCAUGUUUGGGAAUAAUAAGCAAACAGCUCAAAUAAGAGCCUUAAAUUGUGACUGGAGAGGAGCUGAGCUGUAUCGUGGGUAAAACGUACAUAAAUCAGUGUCAUUCAGUGUUAAAUGUGUCAGAGAAGAGAAGUUCGAGAAGUUAGAAUGGUGACUCUUGGUCCCUUUAUUGCUUUGCUGAAACUGACAUGGUAUACCAUUACGGGGAUUGUUCUGUGUGUCUUUUUUAUCCGCAAUGUUGGACAGUAGUAUGUAAGUACGGUAAGAGAUCUUAAUUUUUCCGGAGCCAAAAAUAUUUUAUAAAUUUGCUUAAUUUAAAAGUAAUUUUUAAAAACAUUUCUGUAGUUCAGUGAAAAUGCCAAUAAAUUAUGGAAACCUGUA